AUGGAUACCAACAACAAUCAAGAUGUUUGGAGAGCUCAAUUGCACCCUGGAACACGCGAAGGAAUUGUCAACCAAAUAAUGAACAUGUUAAAAAGACAUCGUCCUGUUUGGGAUCAAGAGGGAUUGCAUCAGCUUCAGAAGAUUGUCCAAAUGUUUGAAGAGAAGAAUUUUAUUGCUGCAACAAGCGAGUCUGAUUAUCUAAGGAAAAUAACUAUCAAGAUGUUUGUAAUGGAGACAAAAUCCCCAGGCUGUAUGGUCAACAGUAUAAGAUCAUCUUUGGACAAUAUAACAUCAUCUUUGGAGAUGCUUACACUGGAGACUAAACCCCAUGGCACUAUGGCCAACAAUAUGACAUUGAAUUAA